AUGGGGUCCGACAAAGUGGAGGUCAUACAGUACCUCGUCGACACGCGGAAGCUAUGGCCGCAGGCUACCAAGACGAACCAGCUCGAGCAUGAGGCAUCCCGCGCGCUCGCGCUCCUCACCGAGGAAGAGCGGGCCGGCGUACUCAGAUUUUACUUCGUGGCCGACGCAAAGAUGUCGCUGGCGUCGCACCUGCUGAAGCAUUGGGUCGUGAGCCGGUACUGCGGCAUCCCAUGGCGAGACACCAAGCUGACGCGCGACGCGCACGGCAAGCCCAUCUUCGUCGACGCGGCCACCGGCCAACAGCCCGUCGCGUUCAACGUCAGCCAUCAGGCCGGGCUCGUGGCGCUGGUCGCGGUGCACGGUUAUGAGGCAGGAAAGGUCGACGCGGGUGUUGAUAUCGUGUGCACGAGCGAGCGCCAGGACCGCGACCGCCGCAUGGUGCGCGUCGAGGGCUGGGCCAAGUUCGUCGACAUGCACGCCGAGGUGUUCGGCGCGUCCGAGGCCGCCUACCUCAAGAAGGACCUGCUGGCGUCGUCGGCGUCGGCGUCGCAGCCGGGUCCCGACCUGCCGCCCCUCGCGCGCGAAGAGGACAUGGUCGACUUCAAGCUGCGCGGCUUCUACACGCUGUGGUGCCUGCGCGAGGCCUACGUCAAGAUGACGGGCGAGGCGCUGCUGGCCGAGUGGUUGCGCGAUCUUAAUUUCAGGGGGUUCCGGGCGCCGGAGCCGGGAGACGCGGACUCGUUUGUGCAGGCCUCGGAUGAGGAGGAGCCGGCGCAGGUUAUUCGGGUGCACGAUGUGCUGUUCAAGGGCCGCAAGGUCGACGAUGCGAAUAUCUGUCUUAGGGCCCUCGGCCCGGAUUACAUGACUUGCACGGCGGUGCGCACGCCGGGGCGGAAGGAGGACGGGCUGGGCUGGGAGCUGGGGCCGUUUGCGUUUUUGGCGCUGGAGAGGAUCUUGGAUGAUGCUGAGGGUGCGUCGGGGUGA